AUGCUUCGCAUGCGCUUUUUGUUUCUUGUUUUGGCGUUACUACUGGCUCCUGUGAUGGAUGCCAAUGCGGCUAUUACACAUGUCAGCAUUUUGCACCGUCACGGUGCGCGGUCUGAGCCGCUUUUUCCCAACAUGGGACUUAGGGACGCCACGCAGUUGACGCCAAACGGUGAGAUAAUGAUGCUGAACCUUGGGAAACUGCUGCGGGCGACGUACGGCACUUUCAUCACGUCCUACGACCCUGCCAUGUAUGAUACAUUCUCAGAAUAUUUUGAUAAUUGCAUCCAAUCGGCGCAUGGUGUAUUGCGUGCCUUCUUCAACAAAGGCUCUCAGUUUCUUCCAAUUGUGAGGCAUGUACCAGCGGAGACGGAUUGGCUUCUGGGAUUCAACCACAACUUUCCAAAUGUGUAUGCGCGUCCUCAGUGGUUCUUUGCGUACUGGAAUAACGAUGCGCUGGCACGGGGGAUGCUAUCCACAAACGAUAUUGAAAUGCUUUCUAAUGAAUUUGGCAGUUGGUGCGCGGAAAAGCCUAUGCAAUGCGCUCUUUUUGCUGCGGACGCUUUACAAUCCAGGAUCAGUGAAAAGAGGUUACCCAAACAGCUUCAGACGCUCUUUCAAGAAAAACUAUUGCCUAUUGUGUAUGGUUGGAAUAAACACACAUACGGAUUUAAUUCGGAGGAUCCUUACGCCGUCAUAGGCUCGCCAGCUUACGCCUUGGCCGCGAAGGUGCUACACGAUGCGGAGGUAGGCGAGAAGAAAGUCUGCCAUUACUCUGUUCAUGAUUCUACCAUAUUGGGCUUGCUUAACGCCCUGGGUGCCAUCCAACUGGGUGACACGAAUCCCAGGUGGCUUCCCCGCUUCGGUUCCGUGUUGGCGGUGACAACGUACAGCAACGGAAACGUUUCCUUCACCUACGCAGAGCCUCAGCAAGAGGCGGGAUCCAGCCUGGACUACGUUUCGGGUUUACUUCCCAUAACGGUGCGCUGUAAGACGUUUGAGGGUGCAGAGUAUAUGGCAUCCACUUGUCCAUUGAAUGAUGUUUGGCGCUACGUGAACCGCUCAAGGCCGACUGUGGCGGACCCUUUUUGCUACCUUCGUCCGGAGGAUGGCUGUGACGUGCUGGAAACUGUGCCAAGUGAGCACUGCCAGUACUACCGCAAGUACUGCCCAAUUGGGGCCUGUGGGCCCAAUGCAGGAUUGGAUGCCUCGCGUAACUACACCUGCUUCUCAUUUUUUAGAAGAAAAUUUACGAAAGAUUAUACCCUUGCGUCUAUUGUUGCGGGUGUGUGUGGUGGGGCUGUGGGUCUAAUUGUUGGUUUUCUCAUUUCCCUUUUGCUUCAAAAAACUGAGGAGAAGGAGGUGCGUCGUCGGCGUUUUGUGCAAAUGGGGGCUGGAGAAACCAAUGCCUAA